AGUGAGUGAGUGAGUGAGUGAGUGUGUGCAGUUGCCCUGUGAUGAACUGGCAUCUCGUUCAGGGCGUACCCGGUGUCACACUCUACGGCUACGGGAUAGGCUCCGGGCCGCCGCAACCCUGUACCGCACAAGCGCUCAUUGAUAGCGGGUGGCUGGUAUUCCCUGGUCAUGGGAUGAGCGUUCCUGCUGCUGCUUUUGCAGCUCUCAGCGCGCAGCCAGGAGACUUUGCUCUCACGCUGCCACAAGCUCUGUAGAAGUGCUUUGCAAAGGAAGAAUGAGUUCCUGGGAGGCCCAUGUAAGGCAGGAAAGAGCACAUCUGCACCUUACGCUGUCAUUUAUUUACCUGCACAUGUCCCUUACAGAGGGCACUAGAAGGCCAGCAGAAAUCCCUCAUCGGGGGAAAUUGUGCAGAGUUGGCAGCGUGGCACCAUCAGAGAAAGAACGCAGAGCCAACGUCGGCUCCGCACCGCCCACACGAAUACGCGGCGGUUCAGCUAUAACUCCGUCAUCUCGCCGUAUAGUUGCAACACCCGGUCCAGCAGCAAAGGGGCCCCUUCGUUGGCAGCAGGCGGCCGUUCUCCGUCCGUCCGUUCCGAUCGGCGCUGGCGCUCGGCGGGUCGAGGCGCGAGCGAAAGCCGGUGACUUCCAGCCCUGCCGAGACCCCCUCGGUGUCACGAUGCUUCCAGCGGGUUCAUUUCGUGACUGGACGAUUUUCAAGCGCCCGUUCCGUCAUCUGCAGUUUUUAUACGGACUCCUGAAUUAGUCAAGCGCAGCCCUUAAAAUGUUUGAAAGUGCACUUUCUUUUCCAUUUCUUUUUUGCACGACUGCAGUUCUGUAUUGUAAACGUGACUUGAACCAGCUGAAAGGAUCCUUGUUCCGUAAAUGUUUACAGCCCCGUCGCGGAAAUGAUGGAAUUAAAUCUAACGAGGGUGUUUCCUCGAGCGAACGUGUCCUGCGAACAAGCGUAACGCAGAUCCGCGCGUUGAAAACAGAUACGAGUGUGACAUUAAUUGAGGGGUUCAUUCAAGUCUCAUUCACGAAAACAGAUAAAAAAAGGGAACUUGAGUCUAAAGUUAUUUCUUUACCGAUUAAGAAUCAGUUGUGGCUUAAAUAAAUCCGCACGGCCUCCCGUCCCGUCGCUGUCCCCGCCCCCUUCCCUCUACCGCCCUCCUCCCGCUGGGUCCGGGGACGUCCCCUCCUCACGCCUGCAGCUCAGGUUAAUAGCGGGCGAGCGAGAAGGAGAGGGAGCAGAGAGAGCUACUGGAGGAGAGGAGGACGCCGACUCCUCAGCAGAGUGCAACAAGGUCCUGCUUCUGCACAAAACAGGAGGGAGGGAGAGGAGGACAGGGGAAGAGGGAGAACGAGACCGCUUCCGGCAGCCGGAGAGAGAGGGUAGAGACGGGAGGACAGAGGAGCUGCGACCGACGUGGACGCGUCUCGUGCUUCGGGGCUUUUCUCCUGGACCCAAGCCCCACGUGGCUCGCAAACGCACCGAUGGAUCCUUCGGCGCCGACAGAAGUCGGCGGAGAGACCAAGGAGAAGAAGAAGAUCCACUUCUCGGUUCCAGCCGCCGUUUCCAGUCAGCUGGACCCCCGACAGGUUGAGAUGAUCCGGCGAAGGCGACCCACGCCCGCCACCCUGUUCAGAGUUGCCGAACAGCCCUCCCCCGAGGAUGACGGCUCCACCCACCAGUGGAUCGUUGGAGAAAACGGCGUCCUUAAACCCAAGCGCGUCAACCCCAGCGUGUAUCAGCCCCCAUCUCUUAAAGCCGUGCAGCGGAUGGCUCAAGCUCACAUGCAGAAGCUGGGCGCCUGCCCACCUCUGGAGGACCCCUGCGAGGGGGACGAGAGCGACGACUACCUCUGGCUGGAAGAGGAGGGCGAGGUUGAGGAGAGCCCCGUCCUCGGAGCCGGGCCUCCGGCUGCGACAGAUGCUCCGGACAGCCAGUCCCGGCAGCGGAGGAGGUCGGGGGGUGCUGCGGAGCUGCCCGAAAGAGAUAAAGAGGAGGGAAAGAGAGAGGCUGAUGAGGAGGAGGAGGAGGAGGAGGAUGAAGAACUCAGAGGGAGAGCAAGUGACUGA